CACUUAAGCAGGAAAUGAGUGUUUGAAUGUCAUCAGCUGCAAAAGCACACAUGAAUGUGAUAUGGAAUAAUCUAUUUUAUGACCAUUGAAUGUAAUUUAUGAAAACACGGCAUUGAUGUUGACGUAUGCACAUGGCUUGUUAUUUCAGAAGAAGUAUUGCAUCGAAGCUCUCUAGGGCUUUGGGACGGUCUGAAGAUGCCUUCAUUUCAGCUCUCUGUGCUAUCCCAGUCUCCAAAAAACAAUGGCCAGGGGCACACUCCAACACUCAGACAUAAUUUACAAACGAGGCACCUAAAUGUUCUGUCCUGCUUAGCAUUCAAGAUGCAAUCCCCAGAUUUCCGGCUGUCCGUCAACACUCUGCUGAGGAAUGGGAUCCUGCCAACUAAUGGAGACCUCCAGGCACAGACAGAGGCUCUGGCCAGUCAGUUAAAGCAAGACAGUGUGGUGGAAGAAAUAUUUGCUGGACGGGGAGUGAUACACUUUAGAGUUAGUCGGAAUCUGUUAGUACAGAAAGUUUUAGAGCAGUUGUGCCAAGAACGUCACAAAUUUGGUGUGAAAAGUGAACUUUUCGAUGGCCUCAAAAAAGGAACAACUGUGGUGGAGUUUAGUUCUCCAAAUAUUGCCAAGAAGUUUCACGCUGGACAUCUGCGUUCCACCAUUAUUGGUAACUUCAUUGCCAACCUGAAAGAAUCCUUGGGAAAUAACGUCAUUAGAGUGAAUUACCUAGGAGAUUGGGGCAUGCAGUUUGGUUUGCUGGGAGCUGGCUUUCAGCUCUUUGGCUGUCAGGAGAAAUUGAAAAAGAAUCCCUUACAACACCUAUUUGAUGUUUACGUUCAGGUGAACAAGGAGGCGGAGAACAAUGAGGUCAUAGGACAGGCGGCCAGAGAGUUCUUUAGACAGCUGGAACAGCAGGAACACCAGGCCUUGUUACUAUGGAAACAGUUUAGAGAGAUCACAGUGGAGGAGUACCAACAAGUCUAUAAGCGCUUAGGGGUUCACUUUGACAUCUACUCUGGAGAGUCUUUUCACCAACAACAAGCCCAGGAGGUGGUGCAGCAGCUACAGAGACGAGGCCUGCUGAAAACCACAGAGAAGGGGACAGGCGUGGUGGAUCUCUCUUCAGCUGGAGACAUGUCCAGCUACUCCACAGUACUACGCAGUGAUGGGACAUCUCUCUAUAUCACCAGAGAUCUUGCUGCAGCUAUAGAUCGAAAGGAAAGGUACAAUUUCGACGAGAUGAUCUAUGUGACAGACAAAAGUCAAGGGAUUCAUUUCCAGCAGCUGUUCCAGAUCCUCUUGGCUAUGGGACACUCGUGGGCUGAGAGGUGCCAGCAUGUGCCGUUUGGCCUGGUGCAGGGUAUGAAGACGAGGCUAGGAGAGGUGGUUUUCCUGGAAGACGUCCUGGAUGAAGCCCGGGCUAGGAUGUUCAGGAACAUGAGCCAGUCCAAGACCACCAAGGAAAUGGUGUAUCCAGAAGACACAGCUGAGAAAGUGGGGAUCAGCGCACUCAUAGUUCAGGACUUUAAAGGGCCUCUAGGAUCAGACUACAAGUUUGACUGGGACAGGAUCCUCCAGGCCCAAGGUGAUACAGGGGUGUUUCUACAGUACACACAUGCCAGACUCUGUAGUUUAAUACAUCGGUAUGGCGACGGAGAGGAAGGUGCCUUUGACCCGUCACUUCUUCUAGAUCAGAGGAGUAUUUCGAUACUCCAGCACCUCCUUCGCUAUGACGAAGUUCUAUACCAGUCUGUACAGGAUCUGCAGCCAAAACAUCUCGUCAACUUCCUUAUGACACUGAGUCACCUGGCUGCGUCAGCACACAGGGAGCUGCCAGUGAAGGGAAGCCCUCAAGCUGUUGCACAGGCUAGGCUGCGGCUCUUCAGUGGUGUCUGCACGGUGUUGGCCAACGGGAUGAAAAUAUUAGGCAUCACACCAGUCGAGAAAAUGUGACCAAUCAACGCCUGCUUGAUCAAUGUUCCUGUGUAUGUAACUACUGUUAUUGAAUUAAUGUAAAUAAAUGUUGUCUUGAUUUAACACUU